AUGGCAUUCAAGGACACGCAGAGUGUUGAGGUGUCGAUUCCAUUGCCCAAGUCGCUGGACACGCGAAUCUUCAUCCGUGUCGCAACCCUCGAUAAGGCGGUGAUGGUGUCCCUCACAACGGCAUCACAGGAGGAAACGGGCGCUACAACGCCGAUGGGCUCUAUGGUGUAUGCUCUUCCUGAUAGAUUCAACCCGCAACAACCGCUGGCAACCACAAUCUUCACAACGGAGGCUACUCUUGAAUUCACAACACGGACCGCAAGGAUCCUGGCUAGGAGGGCAAAUCGACCCGUUUACGUCACAAAUUCGAUGAGCUUCGUGAAUGCCGGCAUGGGCGGCACUGUGGAAGAGGAGAUGGAGGCGUUGAAGAAUGUGAUUGACAUCGUCUCGGAUCAGCUUAAGAAAGAAGGUUUACUGGCUGGUGCGGAAGUCAACGGGGUUUCAUAG